AUGGAGAUAGCCCUGGUGAGUUUUGAAAACGGCGGGGCUAAAGGAAACGGGAGCAAUGUCGGCGAAGCCUGCUCAAACGCGCUGAACCUCACGCAGACGGGGCACGGAAUGGAGGCGAACGCCCUCGGUAGCCUUCAGACAGGCUCGUUGAAAAUAAACGACAUGAACAACACCUUCAGCAGCAGCGAGAACGCAAUGGACGCGCUGCUGCGGGCUGAUCACAGCCCGCAUCUCUUCGACGAGGACAUGCUGGACGUGGACAUGGAUAACGAGAACAACGAGAGGGUUUUGAUCAACAUCGCUGGCUUGAGGUUCGAGACUCAGCUGGGCACCCUGAACCAGUUUCCGGACACUUUGCUUGGAGAUCCUGACAAAAGGAUGAAGUACUUUGACCCGCUCCGAAACGAAUAUUUUUUUGACCGUAACAGACCUAGCUUCGACGGUAUUCUAUAUUUCUAUCAGUCCGGCGGGAAAAUACGGAGACCAGUCAAUGUGUCAAUUGACGUCUUCGCGGACGAGAUUCGGUUCUAUCAACUCGGAGAGGAAGCAAUGGAAAGAUUCAGAGAGGACGAGGGCUUCAUUAAGGAGGAGGAGAAACCUUUACCCCAGAAUGAAUUUCAGAAGCAGGUAUGGCUUAUUUUCGAGUACCCAGAGAGCUCGAGCCCCGCCAGAGGCAUCGCUAUCGUGUCUGUGCUGGUUAUUACCAUAUCCAUAAUCACCUUUUGCAUGGAAACGUUACCGGAAUUCCGUGAUGAGAGAGAGCUCCCAGCCGCCAGCCGGGCUGGCAACAGCACUCAGCACCGGUCGUCGCACAGCUUUUCAGACCCCUUCUUCAUCAUAGAGACCACUUGCGUGAUCUGGUUCACGUUUGAACUCAUUGUGAGGUUUUUCGCUUGCCCGAGCAAGUCCGAGUUCUCCAAAACCAUCAUGAACAUCAUCGACAUCAUGGCUAUAGUGCCUUACUUCAUCACGCUCGGCACGGAGCUGGCGGAGCAGCAGGGACAGGGGAACAACAAUGGUCAGCAGGCCAUGUCGCUGGCCAUUUUGAGGGUGAUUCGGUUAGUCCGAGUCUUCCGAAUAUUCAAGCUGUCCAGACACUCGAAGGGGCUGCAGAUUCUGGGGCAGACUCUCAAGGCCAGUAUGCGGGAGCUGGGACUCUUAAUCUUCUUUCUCUUCAUCGGGGUCAUCCUCUUCUCCAGCGCCGUGUUCUUCGCGGAGGCGGAUGAGCCCGAGUCCCAUUUCUCCAGCAUACCCGACGCCUUCUGGUGGGCCGUGGUAACCAUGACAACCGUCGGCUACGGCGACAUGAGACCGGUGACAGUUGGGGGCAAGAUCGUCGGCUCCCUGUGCGCUAUCGCCGGAGUGCUGACCAUCGCCUUGCCGGUGCCUGUCAUUGUGUCAAACUUCAAUUACUUUUACCACAGAGAGACCGACCAGGAUCAGUCCACGCUCAAAGAGGAACCCAACAGCGGCAGCGCGAGCCCCUGUGGCGAAAUGAAAAGGGUCGGGAGUGGGUCUUCUCUGAAACCCGCGGGGGACGGGGAGAACGAGUGUGUUGACACGCCAGUGGAGAAAACGAACAUUAAAGCGAACAGCAACAUGGACAUCAAAAGAUCCCUUUACGCUUUGUGCUUGGAUAUUAAGGAAACAGACCUAUAGUUUAAUCGUGUGCAUUUUGCGAGGUAGUGAGUCAGUCCUGCUAACAGAUAAUUACUGUCACCCGACCUAUUAAUAUACUCUAGAAUCUACCCAGAGUACAAUUCUUUCUUCCCUUUAGUUUUUAUCCAGAGGCUGGAGGCUCACACGUCACAGCACGUGGACAUUCAUAGCAAUGAUGUUAAGCACGAGAUACAAUUCAACGUUAGCAGUAGGCUACUUUAUUCUACUUACCAAAAACAAGUAUUCCUGAACAUAUGAAUACAAUUUACAAAUAGCCAACAUAGCCUAUUUUUUUAUAUGUAGGAGUCAUUUGACAGAAUGAUAAUGGGGUUAACAAGAAAAUCAUGGCUUCUGGGGGAGGAAAAGGCUCUGUCGCCAG